AAACAAAGACCCAAGUUUGAGCCGACACACUGGACGUCUCUGAGAAGUCAGCGUAAUGUUUUUCUGUGCAGGAAUGAAAGUAAAUAACUGUAUUUUGGAAUCAUAAUCAGAAAAAUAAUAAUGUUCAUAAUAAUGUAAUGUUAAUUUAGUGCAGCCGUGGUAUUAACCUUACUUUGAGUGCUGUUCUAAUAAAUGUGUUUAGCACUGUAUGUAGAAAUCCCUCCUUACAGUAAGUGCAAUCAGAGUGCUCAGCAGUUCUAAUGGAGGUUGUGGGAAUGCCCUCUGUCUAUAUAUGGACAUACUGUUUUACACCUCAUAACCAGGUUUCCUUUUCCUGUUUCAUGAGAAAAGAAACCGUUCACUGUCAGAGCCAACCAAUGAGCACACAUCAACUCAAAUUUCUGACCAAUAACACUUCAGUCACAGAAAGAGAAAGUAACCCAGUGUACAUAAGAGGUGCUGGAUAGUAGUUUGGUUAGCAGACAUGUGGUACAGCAGAGAGCAACGCUUGACAGAGAAAUCAGGAACUAUGAAGAUGCUACCAGAAAAUAUUAAAGUGUUUUAUUUUGCCAGUGACUGUAUGGAGCCUUAUGUUGAGAUCAUCACAGUGAAAGAGUCAAAACGCCGCCAGAGUCUGUGCAGCUCUGAGGACUCUGAGGCAGAAGAGUCCAGGUACCACAAUGUUCUCCCUGAGCUCAGUGAUCACAGUCAUCUGCUAGAUGAUCACCACCUAGAAAAACUUUCUGCUCACAUGCCAGCAAGGACCCAUGGUUAUCCAUGGCAGCUGGUCUACAGCACAGCCAUCCAUGGGAGCAGCCUGAAGACCCUGUACAGGAAUAUGGCAGAUCUGGACAGCCCUGUGCUGCUGGUGGUCAAAGACAUGCACAAGAAGGUGUUUGGGGCUUUUUCCUCUGAUCCAUUCAGAGUCAGUAAAUACUGCUACGGUACCGGAGAAACCUUCUUGUUCAGCUUCAAUCCCGACUUCCAUGUGUACAAGUGGAGUGGGGAGAACUCGUACUUUGUGAGUGGAAACUGGGAAUCUUUGCAGCUCGGUGGAGGAGGGAAUGGCUUUGCUCUGUGGCUGGAUGCUGAUCUGUACCGCGGUUCAAGCUUUUCCAGUCUUACUUUUCACAAUGCACCUCUCUCCACAAACGAGGACUUUAUUGUGCAAGACCUGGAGGUCUGGACUGUGCAGAACUGUGAACAUCUGAAAAGCUGAGUUAAAAACACAGCAGAACCUGCUGUUCUGUCUGGACUUCUCAGACUUCAAGGCGUGUGUGCAGUUUAGCCACUACUGUAUGUAUCCUGAUGGAGCAUCUGCUGUCAUCCCUGCGCCUGGGUUAGAUUUCCUCAUGUACAGUAUGAAGCCUGCUGAAAUGGUUCUCAGGCUCUCUGUAUUGUUGAGCUGUGCCCGUUGAAGCCGAGUGCCUCCAUGAAAGUUCAGGGCCGUGCCACUUCAACCACUGGCUGCUCACCAGUCAGUAACUGGCACCUGAAGCUUGAAGACCUCAAGGCCUCCUUUCAUUAAGGAGAGCAAGGCCCACAAAAACAGCAUCAGAUGAAAAGUCUGCAGCCACUGUAACAACAUUCAGGGUUUAAGAAAAAGACUGUUUUUAUAUUAACAUCAAGGCGUAUUUAUGAAAAGAUGAUCUUAAAAGUGUUUUUUUUACAGUUUGCAUCUGUGUUUAACUGUGAAUGUGUCACAUUAAAUUAACUAUUUAAUGGAAAAAUCACUGUAACAUGAUAGGACCAAAAACAGCCUAUUUAAUGUUCUCCAUUUAAACUAUGGCAUUGAGGACCAAAGUAGUAAAGUUGAAAAUAAUGUAAGAACAACUUCGCACUACAACAGCUGAUUGUCUGCCGGAUGUGCUGCUCGAGGAGGAAGACACUGUAAAAUGAAAGGAGACUUCUGUUCUUUGUAAAAGAUUCACCAGCCUGCCUGUUUGGAAAGAAAGAUAGAGUAAAAUGUCAAAUACUGCGCAGAGUUGUUUAUUAUCUGUGUAUUUAAAUACAUUUUUAAGGAAAUGGUAACAUUUUGUAAAUGUCUUCCAGGCAGUGCUGGCACUGCCACCUGUUUUUCUUGUGAAAUCACAUUAAAAGUUUCUGAAUUUCCUGUUGAAA